CGGUUUCUCAUCUCAACCAAAUCCAAAACCACUAGUUUUUGCCAAAGGGUUUGUUAGUCCAAGUCUUCGUCUUCAUCUUCAUCUGAAAACUGCUUUCUUUAGUGAUCCCAAGAAAAAAAAAAACUAUGCAUAAUAACAUUUACUGUGUAUAGAUUAGAACUGUAAUAAACUUCUCUCAUACGUUGUUUAUAGUUGACUCGCUGAUCUGAAUAUUCCUCCUAAAUCCUAAUAUUCCAUUAUUUCGAAAUCAGCAUUUAAUUUAAUUACUUAACAUGUGAUUUGCUAUAAAUAAAUGUCACAUUUAUCACGGAUCUUCCCCACACUUUGCAAAAAUGAGUUUACUGAGUUUCAAAGUUUUGGCUUUUGGAUUGGUUCUUUUGAGUGUGGCAGUGUUGUGUAAUGGAGGAUCAACAAGCACCUUCGUUAGGAAUGAAGAGAAGGCUGUGGAUAUGCCACUUGAUAGUGAUGUUUUUGCUGUUCCUUCUGGUUAUAAUGCUCCCCAGCAGGUUCAUAUAACACAAGGUGAUCAUGAGGGGAAAGCGGUGAUUGUGUCGUGGGUGACAGUGGAUGAACCAGGCUCCAGCGAAGUGCGAUACUGGAGCGAGAACAGCAAGCAAAAGAAUCUUGCUAAGGGAAGACAUGUUACUUAUAGAUACUUCAAUUACUCAUCUGGUUUUAUUCAUCAUUGCACCAUCAGAAAUUUGGAGUACAACACCAAAUACUACUAUGAAGUUGGAAUCGCCAACACAACGAGGCAAUUUUGGUUUGUGACUCCUCCUCAAGUUGGUCCUGAUGUGCCAUACACUUUUGGUCUCAUUGGGGAUCUUGGUCAGAGUUAUGAUUCAAAUAAAACACUCACUCACUAUGAAAAGAGCCCAAGUAAAGGACAAACUGUGUUGUUUGUUGGAGACCUUUCUUAUGCGGAUAAUUACCCUAAUCACGAUAACGUUAGAUGGGAUACUUGGGGAAGGUUUGUAGAAAGGAGUACUGCUUAUCAACCAUGGAUUUGGGUUGCAGGGAACCAUGAAAUUGAUUUUGCUCCAGAAAUCGGUGAAACUGUACCUUUCAAGCCGUAUCGCCAUCGCUAUCAUGUUCCUUAUAGAGCGUCGCAGAGUACCGCACCCUUCUGGUAUUCUGUCAAGAGAGCCUCAGCACAUAUCAUUGUCUUGGCCUCAUAUUCAGCAUAUGGGAAAUAUACACCACAAUACAAAUGGCUUGAACAGGAGUUACCAAAAGUUAACAGGACAGAGACUCCAUGGUUGAUUGUGCUUAUGCAUUCGCCUUGGUAUAACAGCUACAACUAUCACUAUAUGGAAGGUGAAUCAAUGAGAGUAAUGUAUGAACCCUGGUUUGUGAAGUACAAGGUUGAUGUCGUGUUUGCAGGGCAUGUUCAUGCCUAUGAACGAUCCGAACGUGUCUCGAAUAUUGCUUACAACAUUGUGAACGGUAUUUGCGUUCCUGUGAAAGAUCAAUCGGCUCCUGUAUAUAUAACCAUUGGUGAUGGAGGAAACCUUGAAGGCUUGGCAACCAACAUGACAGAACCACAGCCGGCGUACUCAGCGUACAGAGAGGCUAGCUUUGGACACGCCAUAUUCGACAUAAAGAACCGAACACAUGCUCACUAUGGCUGGCAUCGGAAUCAAGAUGGAUAUGCCGUGGAAGCCGACAGCAUGUGGUUUUUCAACAGAUUCUGGCACGCAGAUGAUGAUUCCACAACUCAUAGUUCUCAUUAACACACAUAUGUAUUGGUACUUCGAGAAGAAUUCGCAGUCAUGGUUGCUGACAUCGAUUAUCAAUCGUUAUGUCAUUGUACUUUCCUGUCCCAUAAAUGCAAAAUGUAUGCUUCAAUAUUAAGAGCCCGUUUGGGAAGUAGCAGAAGCUACUUUUUUUUAA